CGUUCCUUGCUAUUGGCUGAAUCUUUAUUUCAGCAGUUUCUGGAUUUGUUCAAAUGAAGGGUUAGAAGCUAUAACAAGGACAAAGCUGAAUCAAUACCAUUGGAGCUUAAUUCAGUAGCAUUGAUUGAUCAGUUAGAGAGAAUUCAUGAUUUCAUAUAGCAUGUGCAAUGUUGGAGCCCACUGUAAUUAGCAUUAAUCACUUAAUUUAAUUUAUAUUAUUCAUAUAAAGCAUGAGAUUUGAGAGGAUCAUGGAAUUUGAAACACUAUGUGAGUGCUGUGGGGUUGCAAGAGCCAUUGUUUAUUGCAAAUCAGAUUCUGCACGUUUGUGCAUGGAUUGUGAUGUGUCCGUACACAGUGCAAAUUGUUUAUCUAUGAGGCACCUUCGUUCUCUCUUAUGUGACAGGUGCAAUUCCGAAGCAGCAAUUGUUCAUUGCAUUGAGGAAAAGUUGUCAUUUUGCCAAGGUUGUUGUGAAUUGAACCAAAAUGGGUGUUCAAUUUUGGGACACAGGCUUCAAUCCUUGAAUUGUUACAAAGGUUGUCCCAAUUUCACUGAUUUGCCUGGCUUGUUCUCCUUUGUUCUCGAUGAUUAUUCCUGUUCAAGUGGUUUGGACCAUAAUGGUGGCGGCAGCGGAUCAAUUGACACAUCAUUGCCUAGAAGUGAAAGCUGCAAUAGCAAGUGUUUGGAGCAGCUUGUUAACACUAUUAACAAUGAUGGCAAUUUCGGUUUUGUUAAUGAAAAGUUGAAGGAAACAGAAUACUCUGGUGACCAAGCAAUCUUCCUUCCAAACCUUCCAAAGCUGCAGGAAUGUCCAAAUUUGAACGAUCUAGGAAUCCAUGAUGGUGAUGGUCUCAACAUGGAUAAUUUUCAAUUUAACUUUGAAAACACUGAUGAAAUAUUUGACUAUUCUCAAAUUGAUACAACAUACCAAGUUGUUAAUGGAGGAAUGGACUGUGAAUUAAUGGGAAAUAACAUAUCAGCAACAGAAUCUAAUGCUCUUUUCGAGAGUACAAUAGAGGCUGGUGGAUCAGCUAGCGAGAUGUAUGGAAUCAACAGCAAUGAGAAUUGUGUGCUUAUGCCUCCUAGCUGCAAUGAAAACAGCAAUCUGGGAUUCUCAAAGGGUGGUCAACUCUAUUCAAGCAUGUCACUUCCACUUCCUAACGGCGAGAGUGAAAUUGGUGCUACAGAUUAUCAAGAUUCUGGUUUGUCAUCGAUGUUCCCGAUGGGUGAUUUGUCUAUGGAACCAAUCUCAAAGGGUACAUGCCAGCAAGCUCGGGAGAAAGCAAAAUUGAGAUUAAAUGAGAAAAAGAAAAAUCUAAGGUUUGGUAAGCAAAUAAGAUAUGAAUCUCGCAAAGCAAGGGCUGAUUCGAGAAAACGUGUGAAAGGUAGAUUUGUGAAAGCAGGCGAAGCAUAUGAUUACGAUCCUAAGAAGACAAGGAGCCUCUAAACAUGUUAUAUCUGUAGCACUGUCCUUUCCUGCAAAUAUGUCCUGCUAAUGUUAAGGAAGUGUAAGAGGUAACAGAUAUGUUGCAUAGAGGAGCAGAAAGUUUGACAGAUUCAAGUUGCCUCAAACUUCAGGCACCCAAAGGAUCUAGUUCCUAAUGUGCAUACCAUUUGCUACUGCUCCAUGACCAAAAAUAGAAAAAGACCCUUUGUUGCAUAAAACUUAGAGUUGGAGAUAGCCAAUUUUAUUUCCCGCUUCUAUGGUGUGUUUUGAGAGGAGAUAUGCAUGGUGAUCCAUAUUUGAAAUUUAACUCUUCAGGGUCCACCUACCUUUUUUCCCUGUUUUAUAGGGGGCUUUUAUAUGGUAUUUGAAUACCAUCAAGGAAUAAAAGAGAAACUGGUGUACAAAUUGUAUCUACAUACAUUGAUUUCAAGAUGUACAGAAUAAUGAUAGUGACAGAUACAAGAGAACGGAGCAGAAAGAAGGAGUAUUCUUAAUCCAUUGUUCGUUAGAAUAGUGAAAAUGCCAAGUAUUGAUUCAAAAUUUGAGACAACUAUUGUUGAGUUGGCGGAAAUGUUACUUUCUUAAUUAUCUUCAAGUUCAAAACAUUGCUCCUGUGGCUUGAAGGAAAUUUCAUUUUCUGGCAUUGGUGACUCUGAAUGACCACUCCUGUUCCAUUACUUGGUUGAAGUUUAGGGUUGAGAGAGGCUGUUUCCCACUACCCUUCUUCCUUCUUUUUUAUGUAUAGAUGUAUGCAAAUAUUGCUGCAUGGCAAUAGUGCAGGUAAAGCUUUAUCAUCAUCUCUAGAGGAACAACCAUAUGAGAUGAUUUCAAACAAU